AUGGAAACAAGACAAUAUACGUCCACCUUGGUCAGUAAUGAUAUUCAGUUGAACCAAGUGGUUUAGCCACUAAAUAAAGCCUGGGUUAAACGUGGAUGAGAGUUGAUGAGAGUUGGUAGUCACGCAUUGUUACAGGGGAAAUUUGAAGCUCUAGAUUAACAAAAUAAAGGUUUGACGAGUGUUCCAACUAUGUUUCAACUUAAAUAGAAUAUAUGAUAGUGUUGGGAAAGCAUUAAGAACAGCUACCCGUGACUGUCAACUCUCAUGCGCUCGCAUCCUCGUUUCAUCCUGGCUUAAGUUAAUUAUUGUAAAUUCAUAUUUAUAUGCCGGUUAACUGAAAUUGUUUCUUACAGGUUAUGAGAACACAUUUCAUUCUCAUUGCUGCUUUGGUUUCAGUUGUCAAAGGAGAUCUCUAUGGUGAGUUAAUUAAAAUAAAUUUAACUAAUUUAAUCAAGCAAUAAAUCAUUACUAUCCCUAGAUGAAGAUUUUGUAAGAUCGAAAUAAUCUGUUAACGUCGCAGUAUAUAUUAAGUUAUAAAGUUAUUAGCCUCGACCUUCGCCUUUGGCUGGUAACAAUUAGCGUGUAUAUAAAGGAACCGCAGCACCUGGCGAAAACCUGUUGUGUUUGAUAGAGUCAAACUAGAAGCACUCUUCUCAAGUGUGACUGAGGUGAAAUUAUAAUCAGACAACUGCAUAUUCCAGAAAUCAAACCUGAGGCAUUUAAUAAGGCACUACCCACAGUACCCGACCACCCAAACUGAUCAACGUUAUCCUGCAUUAUCCCUAGAUGAACACAAACUUCACCACUUCAGCGUAUCCACUACAUCAACAUUGACCACGUCAGCUGACGUGUACAAACAUGGCGACCGCGCUCUGAAAUGGUCCUGGAAACCAGGCGACAGUCUAACACUGGACCUGUCCCAUGAACCUGUGCGUGGUAGACAAUUAUACCGGGGCGGAAUUAAGAUAUGGUUGUACCUACGGAAAAUCAUACCCGGGGAAAUGACCCUAUCAUUUUACACCCUGGUCAACCGGGCUACACCCGCGCAACCUGAAUGUGACUUUAGUAUCUCCCUAAAAUUUACAGGGUGGCGGGCAGUAUGGGUUAGUUUUCAGGAAUGCAAGCUUAGACGAUCUAUGUCGCCGUUAUAUCUAAUGCGGAUCCAGGCUCCCUUUUGGCACGCGGGCGUGAUAUACUUUGAUCUACUCCAUAUUCUUCGGAAAAACAUGGGUAAACAGUCACGUGACAGUAUAGUCCCUCCAAUCAGAGGCGCGAAACGUUCUCGAAGUUCUUGGCAGCAAACGUAUCAUUGGAAUUUAAUAAAACCAAACCAGGAUAUAUUUAAUGAAUUUGAACUAACCGAUGAACAAUUACGUCAUUUGAAAGAGAUACGUUUGAUCAAGACGCGGUUAAGAGAUUGGUACCGAGUGAAAGGACAAUCAACAUAUGAACUAACAGGUUAUCACAGAACGCGUUGGUUUAGACUUCGAACUAAAAUAAAGCGCGCUCGUGGGUAUUUACAAACGCUAAACAUCACGAAGACAAAAGAUGGUUUCAUAAAAGGCACGCCGCUUUUUUCCCGAAAUUCCGAGUACGGACAACUGUCGAUAUCUGCACCCGACAUAAAGUUCGGUUUCAUGUUUCGAGACGUUUUGCUCCCCUUGGCAUUUGAGUAUUACUUUGCAUCUAGGAAAGAAGAAAUUCAUAAAACUAUUGAAAUAAAGUUGUCAAAACUCAAUCACCCGAACACAGAGAGAGCCACAGUAGAAAAGCUUGUAGGUUUUGAUAAAGAAUUGAUGAACAUAUUUUACGACAAAUAUAAGUUAGGUAUCAGGACUUUAACCAAAUACAAACUGCGCAAGGCAUUGAGGGAAAUUAACCAUAAGAGAUUUCUAAGGAUAAAAAGGAUAUUUGAGUACAUUAUAGAUCAAGGCUGGGCAGUUGGGAGUGCAUUGGGAUCACUGGAUCAUGAAAUGAUUCGUAGUAGCAAAGGAUUUGUGACGUCAAUAUUUUUACUUCAUCAACAGCUGCGGCGCUCAAGUUUGUUACUGCAGCUCAUAGACAUCACGAAAUGGUACCUGGAGUUUGGCGAGUUGUAUCAAAAACCAUUUGAAUCUGUAGGAACAACUGCUGACCGCUUGAGAACGCUGUUUCUUUACCGACUCAUGUGUGUAUUAGUGAUGCCUGAAGCGACGCUCCAAGAAGCGUUAGAUAAGAUGCGCGAUAUGAGAGCUUUGACGGCCUGGUACGAGAAUGCGUUAAGUAUUAACCCAGCUUUAGGAGGCACUAUAAAACCAGAUUAUACCGGUUAUCAUCACCAGUCAUUUUAUCCAAACGAUUACGUGUUACCAGGCCUCUUGACCGCGUCACACGUGGUUUAUAUACUGAGAGGGACUGAGUACGAGGUAUCAGAAACGAGUCGAGACAAUUUGAGAAACGCGAUUCAUUUCAUGCGCUUGUUGUCUGAACAGUACAUUAUUCCUAACAGUGUUACUAACGCAAGCCCUACGAUAGGUAAGCCUGAGCUUAUCUGCCUCAUACCAGCUUUUGCUUAUGCAGUACUUUGGGAAGACUCGCAAGAUUUAAUUCCACACAAGACUCGCUCGCAAUACCAACACAUCGGGUCACUUCCACACCGGACGAAUGAAAUAGAGGCAAACUUAAUUCCACACAGCUCUUCCACGCGAGAUUACCACGCGGGAUCACGCACACGCAGGACGUACACGCGCGAUAAACACGCAGGCUCAUUUUCACGAAAGACGUCCACGCACCACGCGAGGUCACCGUUACACAAUGAAAGUAUUCGCGCGUUUCUACGCAUGUUCAAUGAGUCGAAUAGAGACGUACACGCCUAUUUGAAGCGCGGCAAAUGGUGCUCGUGGAAGAGUUCAUAUAUGUACACCUUAGGGUCUCUUUCGCUUCUGUACGAGUUAAAGCAACGCGCUAUGGAUCUUGGGAUUGAUGCAGAGCCCGCCCCACAAGGCAACUGGGCAAAGAACUUCGCAGCACUCUCCAUACACCGUCGUCAGGGCUGGGUUGUAACUGUGAAAGGAUUUAAUAACUUCAUCUGGGGGCACGAAUCAUCGCAUCGUGGCAACGAAUAUGGUAGGUACCAAAGCUAUGGGCAGCUAUUGAUCGCUAAUACUGAUUACGGGUUAAAGGCGCAUGAUAUCGACCGCGGUUGGGAUUGGACACGACUACCGGGAACCACUACGUUGCGUAUGCCUGUAGAACAACUCCGAGACAAGGAGACGAGGUUUUAUAAUCCAAAGAGUCUGUGUGGUGCGAUGCAUUUCCAAGGUACGAGUCAGUUUCGAAAUGGUGUUUUCACCAUGGACUUUGAACGACCAGGAUAUAGUGAUAGGGCUGCAGAAUUCUGGUUUAAAAAGUCCGUGUUCUUUUUCGACAAUUUGCUAGUGUGUUUGGGAAGCGAUAUAAAGGCAAAACGGUUUAGUUUCAGACCAGCUGAAGUAGAGACAACGUUGUUUCAAAAUAUUGGUCAGUUUGGAGAUAAAAGUCAUUCUAUCAGAUUAAAUGGUUACGAGAUUCCUUUAGGAAGGCAACAGCAUGCGCGGAGGUUUAUAUGGUCAAUAAAUUCACCGGGUAUGUUAAUGGAUGUUAAUCAGAAUGGCUACUAUAUCUCCCGCGCGGGCAAGCAAGACCUCAAUGUCUGGCUUGUGAAUCAAACGUCAACCAACACCCGCAAAAGAGCGGGCGGAUAUUACGCAACGGCGGUAUUACGCCACGGCGGUAACCCGAAAGGAAUAAAUUACGAGUAUGCUGUUUUAGUGAACACAUCUUAUGAAAAGCUGUAUAGAAUGACUUGCGAGCAGGAAAGACUACGCGGGAUACCACGGUACGAAGUGCUACGUCAAGAUAGCCGUGCUCACGUAGUAAAGUUCAACAACUCCCCACGUUUAGGGAUAACAACAUACGGGUACUCCGUAUUCACAACACGCGCCGUUCUACCAGGACCGCUACGGAUGGUAGGGGAUCCAUGUGUACUUAUGGUAGAAGAUGGGGGUAGAAAGAGCAAACGACUGGUAAUAGGUCUAAGUUAUCCACAGAUGAAUUUCAACUCGACUAAAAAGAUGAGAACUUCCCAAGACGUGCGAGAAGAGGAAUUAUAUUACAUGCGAAGUCAAGAGAAAAGGAUCUGGGUAUUGUUACGAAGUAAAGUACAGAGAGACGAUUUUCGUGUGUAUGUCGAUGGGAAGGUAGUGGAUAAACAAGACGUUGAUGGAUAUGUAAGGAUAUUUCCUCUCUAUGAGGAGGCAAGCGCAGGAACAUUGGUGUAUUUCAAAAAUUUGCUAAACGGUUUUACAACGGAAGUUCAUCUACGGCGAAUUGUAAGUUCCAGUGUGGAAGCACGACAUACACAACACUAAAAUUCUAUAAAUAAAUAAUAAUAAUUUGAAUGUAUACGCAUUGCAUAUACUAUCAGGAAAACUAAACAUAAUUUAUUUAAUAGCUAUUUAAUGAACAUAUCCGUAGAGGUUUAUACUAUGUCCAUAGGCUAUCUCCGUAUGUAAAUAUAUGUUUUGCUAUUUCGUGUCAAUAGUUGAUACAAUUUUUCUAAUUGUACCGCAAUGCAUUCUUUGCCCUCUGAGUUGGUUAAAAAGAUAGGUAUGAUUGUUUAGAAACUAAGAAAUUGCCACAAUGGGCGACCCACAUCACUGCUUGAAAUGAAGCUCCGCCAUUGCAGAGACGAAAGUCACAUACACUACAAAGUCACAUACACUGGGGGGGCAGGAGGGGCAGCCGCCCCGUUGCCCUUUACCAGGAGGGGCAAGGGGGGCUAAGGUGCCUUUUCAAUUUAAAGGAUUGCCUUGGCGAAAUAGCGAAUUGUCAGAAAUGUUAGUGCAAUUCUUUUACGAAUUUGCUUCAAGAAAUGCAGUCAUCGAGCUUCAAGAAUAGCACAAUCGCCUGGCGGAGAACCCCCUCACACCCCUAUCAUCCAAUAAAUAGAAAACAUGAUUAGGCGAAGUUCAACUCCCGAUGUUUUGCAAACAUCUCUUAGUAUAUAUCAAUUCAAAAGUGCCCUUUCACGAAAAUCUGCCCCCCUUGCCUUCACAUCGUUCCGGCGUCCCUGACGCUAUUUGUCCAUUCCAAACUUUAUCUGCGACAGCUGUUUACGCCUGUUCACUAAUUCAGAUAGAAAUCUCAUUCAAAAUGCAAAGUGGAAGGAAAUGAUCGUGCUAGGAACUUGUAACAACUUUUAUGAAUACGACAAAAUUAUCUAGUCAAACUCAUUAAUAAUUCAUGAGCGAAUUAGCCAACCAUAUUGCUUUAGUUUGCUCACAUAAUAAUACUGGAUACCUGAUGAAGUAUAUUGAUCCUGUCCUUGGACUGGUCAAAAUUAAUUCAGUCCUUAGACUGGAUCCAAAUUAAUACACCUCACUAGUGAUUCAUUCGUAUGAGUUGUCAUUUCAAAUCCUCCAAUUCGGACUGGACUAGAUUUCAAGUGCUCGCAUUUUGAUUUAGUCCUCGGCUUCGCUUCGGACGUGAUCAAAUUGCGCGGACUUUAAAUCUAUUCCAGUCCUCAUAGAGUCGUAUUUGAAAUAUCACUUUACAACAUUCUUCCGGAAAUACGCCACUUUGGCUACAGAGCCUCGCUUUCGUGCACGUGACAUUAGUCAAAGCCUAACAUCUCAAACAAGAAAACGAGGUUCUAUAGCCAAAAUGACGUGUUCCGGAUGUAGUUAUUGUAUGUGGAGCGUGUUUUCCUCGAAAAUGGCCGCCAUAUCGUUGUGUUAUAAAUCUCAAGGAAUUCGGAAGUUUAAAUAUUUAAUUGUAUAUACUGUAUUAGGACUAGUCUGUUAGUGUAAAGGAAACGGCUUUUGUAAUAUAGUAUAUUGUAUAGUAUAUAUCAUGUAUUGAAGAUUGACAUAAGAUAAUCGGUCGAAACAUGUUUGCAACUAGGUUUUGUCUUAUUCAUAAAAGUUAUUAUAUGUAUACAUAUUUCAGUGUCACACGUACUCAUUACGACAUACAUACAUACAAUACUCUGUUUCACAUUUUGCAUGACAAUUUAAUUUCUUGAAAACUUUAAAAUUUGCCAAAAUUGCGCUGCUUAUGAAAACGUUUUUCAAAAACAACAAAGCCUCAAAAUAGAGGUACUUACCGUUAACGUUAAUUUGGUUUUGUCAUCUCUGCAUGGCGCCAACAUCAGUGAAUCAUUUUCCUGAAAAUAAAGACUAGGCGAAUCAAUGCAUAGAAACAACGCAAUGUUUAAAUGACAGCGCAAUUUUCAAUGGAAGCCAAGCAAUUUUAAAGCAAUCCAAGUCUAAGCAAUGCAAAAACUAAUUUAAUAAGCGGAUGGCCGCAAUAUACGAUGAUUAAUGGGAGGCACUUAACCGUAGCUGAUAAACGCCAUCCUACGAACAUUAUAAUGGAAGUCAUAUCAGAUAAAUGAACGACUCCCGACAAAAAGUAAUUAUGACUUGAUGUUCUAAGUUGGACCGCGAGUAUCAUUAUGUGGAGCGCCGCAGAGAGUUUAACUCGCAUAUAUACACAACAAAAAAAGGGAAAAUGUUUGUGUGAAUAUGUUUAAUUAUUCUAAAGAAUCUAAAGAUGAAAUUGAAAGAAUGACAGAGGCUUCAAACUGAGUACAUCCAUACGAUAUUGAGGUAAGUUUUUACAUACAUGUACUAUAAUAUCUGCAUGAAUAUGUCUUUUCUGUCAUGCAGACCUUGUAACUUCGCUCUCUAUAUAUAUUUAUAUAAUCGUGGAAUACCCUAUAGUUAUUAAAGAGUUAUAAUUAAUAUUCAAACUGGGAUCCAUGCAGUGUAUGCUGUAGGCACUAUUUACAAUAAGCUGUCGUGGUUCGUGCUGGAACUAAGUGAAACUAAAUCUCAACCGUUCAACGCUUCAAGCUAAACUCCUUGGAAUGAGGAGCAAACAAGUGUGUUUUUCAUUUAGUUGAGACGCGAAACUAAAAACAGCUGCUUUAGAAUUGAAUAUCAUGCAAUAUCGAUCAGGUUUUUCAAAAUAGUUUAAGCCGCACACAGUGGCGCGCAUCGGCUAUAUCAGUAAUAAAGUCUAAAAGGAUUAAAGCUUCACCAUACUGAAAAAAAUUAACAAGAAGGGAUAAUAUAUAAAUUAUAUAUGCUUAAAAAGGAAAUCUAUUUACACUUGAAUGACGCGUCAGGCUGCAAGUUACACGAUAGUAGUAUAUAUGUCGCAAUAUUUCUGUUAUUCAAAAUUGAAAUUUAUGUUAUUUUUGUAUGAGUUGUCUACUCUACAUGAAUUGUACAAAUGUACAAUGAUAUAGUAGUAGUAUGUCGCAAUAUUUCUGUUAUUCAAAAUUGAAAGUUAUUUUGUUCUGUAUAAGUAGUCUACUCUACAUGAAAUGUACAAAUGAACAAUGCUCAUCAAGAGCCGAAUGGAGAGCAAGUUCGUAAUCGUAUUUCAUUCUUUUGUGUUCAGCCGUCAGUCGGCAAGUAUGUUAAUGAAAAACACUUCAAUGUACGUUUUAAACAAACGCACAUGCAUGUAUACACACCAGUCAUUAGCAUAUGCAUAUAUAAUUUGGAUAAACACAAUUUUUGACAGGCAUAGAAUCAGUUCAAUAAAUAAUGAAGGCUUCAUCAAGAUUCGCGCUGCAACUGCACUGUGUAAAAGCUCGUUUACACUAUCAAAGUUUCCGAGAUCACAGUUGGAAUUUUGCACAGACAAAUUCUAAGUUUCGAAGGAUUUGUAAGAAAUGUUUGAGGGAACUGGUUCAGUGUUUUAAUCCUGGUGUUUGGAUUGAGAGCCCAUUUCCACUCAACAAAAUAUUCCACGGACAGAAACUAUUUCGAAAAUGUCAUUGCUAAAAGUUGAAAAUUUUCAACUUCAAAAUAUUUUUCCGACGGAAAAUUUGUGUCGGCCAAUCACAUUUUACAAAAUUUUCUUUCAGCGGAAAAUUUCCUGAGUGGAAAUUCAAGGUCGACUUUACUGAUGUUGACCCUACCCUGCUGCCCCGCAGUAACGUUUGAAUGUAAUCACUCAGGAGUUUUUAGUUACUAUCUAGUUUAACUUUAGGACUUGAAUAUUUUUUUAAACUUUUUCCAAUUCUAAUAAACAAUAACUCACCGUUCAAAACAUGACGUUGUCCCAUCACGCACAUAACAUCCCACCUGCAAUAGUUUAAAAUUGGAAAUUAGAUCGAUAUUGUUGAUCAUUUGUCGUGCUCUUGACUUGUGCAUUCACAGCACGGGUUCCACCUGCUGUGCGACUUAGUUAAGCCUCUCCUACCGUACAUAUAUCUGAUGUUUCGAGAAAUGCCGUCUAUAAAGCAUGUAUGGGAUCACAUAAAAGCUAUCUAGGAUCCACGGUAUCUGAAGAUUUGUGGUAAACCGUAGAAUGAAAGGGUUAAUUCAGGUAUAUACUUAUAACUUAUAUAUUUUAUAUUUAGCAUUAGUCUAAACUUCUGGUCGUUUCUACAAUAACACUUAUUUGAUCAGGGGAUAGGAUCACGCAAAAGUAAAAUACGACGUGAACGAUGUCUGUGGAACGUUUGUGGUAAAAUAAUGAAAGGGUCGAUGUGUAAAAAACAUAUUAUUCAAAGAAACUACAUAAAUUUGAUAUUUUGUAAAGGCUCUUUUCCACUCAUCGCCGGCAAAAACCAACUCCCAAGCGACUAUCAAUAAAACUAUCAAUAAAACUGUGGAGCAUUGUGAUCGGAAAGUAUAUGUACACGCAGCAAACUUGCGAGUUGACUGUCUUGCGAUGAACAAGAACAAGCAACUGUUCAAAAGGUUUUCUUUUACUCCAGUGGGACAAAAGGCAUUGUUCGAAGGCUGUAUAUUCACUUGAUAAUGUUAAAACAUUAAAUACUAUAGUCCAUGAUAUAUCCCGAAAUGUACGUUUAUUCAUUCAAAAUACUUGAGACUGAAGAGUGAAGAUCUUUUGCCGUGAUGCCAUCUGAACAACAGUGUCAACAUUCUGAGAUAUCCGGUUGACUGAUUGCUACGGUAACGAGAGUGGUUAUAUAUUAUAACUUAUGCAACCAUCCCAAGUCAUCAAUGUUAGCCAAUCCGCAAGGCUGCCAGAGCGGACAUUCGAUAAACAAUUAAUAAGCAAAACUUUGCAAUUAUGAUCUAUAUACGUGUAAGGAAUAUUUUAGGUUUGUUGUGAUGAUCGUAAUAGAAAACAAUUAUCGACGUUAAUUAAUCCCAAUUUAGUUUUCAAUAAUGAAUGUAUCCGAAAUUCUAAUGAAUGUAUCCGAAAUUCUAAUGAAUGUAUCCGAAAUUCUAAUGAAUAUUUUAUUGCAACGUUAAUGCUUGCUUAUAAGCUCAGUGUCAAUGGAGAAACUCUCAUGUAUUUUAAACUUUAUUAAUACAAGUCAGUUUCACUGGUAUAGUCAUUUAUUAUUAGACUACCUUGUUCCUAUAAGUAUCAACCGACUUUUGUAGUCGAUCGCUGUAUGUCUAUAUUCAACUUGCUUAACAACUUGUCCUUUCUUAGCAAUGGUGAGCCGACCAGUGAUGACAAGUGUUGGACGUGAAAAAGUGAUCAUAAAUGUGAGUGGACGACGGUUUCAAACGUGGCGAAGCACGUUACGCAAACACCCGGAUACGUUACUGGGCAGCGAUCAUAUGCUGACGGAUUUUUACGAUCACAAGAAACAAGAAUACUUUCUAGACCGUGAUCCUGACGUCUUCCGCCAUAUUUUAAGUUAUUAUCAAGGCGGUAAGCUUCAUAUUUCUCACGCGGACUGUAUGGAGCUGUUUUAUGACGAACUGAAGUUUUAUGGUAUUUCAAAUAGUACUGUCCACGAGUGCUGUUGGGGCAAUUGUUAUGAGAUGUCUUUAAAAAUGCUGAAAUACACCAGGGAAAAGAAUGAGGAUCAAUGUACAAAGUGGGGAAAGACGAGAGGCAACAAAUUUCGUAGAAUCCGGAAAAACAUUCACAGUUUCUUAGAAAUGCGCAAAGAUUCAUUCUCGGAAAGAUUAUUCCAGUACGUGGUUGGUGGUUUUAUUUGUUUGAGCAUCGUUUGCGCUGUCAUGGCUACGCUCCGCUGUGACGGCGACUCAAAAACCUGGGAACAAUGUUAUUUGAAAGUUUUUGAAACUUUUGAUAUCAUAUUUAUGUGGGUCUUCUCGUUGGAGUACGCGUUGCGUCUCUUCUCGACGCCAUGUUUUGGAAAAUUUUUCAAAGACAAAUUUAAUCUCUUUGAUUUGGCCGCUAUUUCACCGUUUUAUAUUGACCUGGGGAGAAGAUGGUUUGCUGACGACAGCGUUGCCAUGGGAACUGAUCUCUGGGACGUGUUUCGUGUACUUCGCGGGAUUCGUAUUCUAAAACUCGCGAGACAUUCGUGGUUUAUGCGUAAAUUUGGGCGGCGUCUAAAGAAAGCUGUGACAGAUUUGGGGUUUUUAUAUUUUGCGUUUGCCCUUGCUAAUAUUUUCUUUGCAAGCUGUCUUUAUACAGUGGAGAUUCUACAAGGCGAGGAGACAUACAAGAGCAUACCGGACACUAUGUGGUAUACAGUGGUAACUAUGAUGACGCUAGGGUAAGUGUGGAUAUUAGAAAUAUUAGACCUAGAUCAGAAUGCGUGCUCCUAUCCUUUCUCAGUUAAGUGAGGCCACAUUAACUUUUCAAAAUGGCCGAUUUAACGUCGAGACACACUGGACGCGAUUCGACAACGCGACGCGAUUUUGCGAUUUUCACUGAGCGAUAACUUUGAUCCUAGUUUAAAUUUUCCAAAUAUUUAGAAGUGAUAUAACAUUUUGAGUUAUUCGGUCUACAUAUCUUUCAAAAUUUGCUCUCAUUGGCUGUUUUAUUAAUUUUCAAAAACUAAAAAAUCGCGUCGCGUUGUCGAAUCGCGUUCGGUAUGUCUGGACCUUUACAAGGGCAAAUUAAUCUCGACAAAUCCAACAUGGCCGAUUUAUAAGGGCCACUUUAUAAUUUUUGUUUUCAAUUUGGACACCAGUCACGUGACCAACCACGCAUUCUAGGUCAAAUUAAUUUUAAUAUUAGGAAUUGUUUCAGAAAAUAAUCUUAACUUAAUUAAUAAUCUCAAUAAUCAAAUAGUCAAAAUAAUAAUCCUAAUCCUAAUAACCAAAUAAUCUUAUAAUCCUAAUCCUAUUAAAACUAAUCCUUACUCGACUCCUACAAUGUAAUGAAUGUAUCGAAGCAAUCUUCAGCUCAAAUAUGGUUUUAUUUUUUCUUGCUAGAUAUGGCGAUACAGUGCCACGAACGAUCUUAGGAAAGAUAAUGGGAGCUUUUUACUGUUUAUUUGGUAUUAUCAUCCUAGCGCUGCCCGUUCCAAUAUUACAAGAUGUCGGAAGCUGACCACGAGACGCCUCCACCCGCAUUUAAGGAAAGGAAAACAGAGCCUGAUACUCAGGCCGCUUUUACACUAUAACGCUACGCCUACGGCUAACAUUCCGUUAAAAAUUCACUACGUAUCUUAGUGAUUGUGUUUACACUAUAAUGGAGUGGUUUGCUGUAGUGGUUUGAUGUAGUGGACUAUUGCGUUUGGCACUCCGCAAACAAAUCAAUACGCUGCGGUAAAUUAUCUUAGCGUCAUAGACAGUUUAAUUAAACGCAGCCUGUUUGACUAAUUAGUGAGCUUAAUUAACCAAGCGAUGUUUUCGAACUCGUUCAAAUUUUGAUGAGAGUUGAUGAAAGUUGACGAGAGUGUUUGCUUGUUUGACCUGUAACACCCAGUGAACUCUCAUCAACUCUUUUGCAACUCUUGUGCAACUCUUGUGCAACUCUUGUGCUCGUUUGACCGUGCACGUGAGUUAAUGAAACUCUCAUGUUUCAAACCCUCGCUUCCCGCUCUCAUCAACUCUCAUAAUUCUCGUUUGGCCCAGGCUUUAGAACGUUGCGCUUUCAAAACAAAUAAUUUUGUCAAGAGAAUAGGCGCGCUUUGUAGAAUUAUGUAUUUAUGUAUAAAAUAAGACAAAACCAAACGAGUAACUGGGUGGUAUGCAGAACAGUGAAAUCUUCAAAACAAUAAAAAGGCCACUCCAAAUUAGACUUUAGUUUCCCGUCCGGGCCUUAUUUCAAAUUACACGCGGGCGGGCGGGCCAUUUCCAUUAUCCAUUAUGGUGUCUGAACGAAUCUGACACGACCCAUUAUUCCAUGAAAUAGUUACACAUUUUAAAUAUCCAUUGAACCACGUUACUACGUCCUGUUUUGUUUUUUUUGUAUGCAUGCAGAAAUGAAAGCCAGGAUAUUAAUUAACCUUACGUUCGAAAAUCAAAACGUGUAACGGAAGUGUCUAGCUCAGCGGUUAGAACUUUACUGUAGUAAAAACGAACAAAAACAAGAAUUCAAGCUCUUUCAUAAAAGUUUGAACAAUUUUGUUUUGAUUUUUACGUAUUAUAUGAUAAAUAUGUAUUUCUUGAACGAUAGAUUUUUCGAAAACUGUGCAUUAUCAUUAUUCUUAGUCAUAAAGGUCAAAUAAUGGAAACAAAUUAGGAAUAAUGGACAAAUCAUGCGGCCAGUUCUAGGAGACGCGGCGGGCGGAGGACGGGAAACUAAAGUCUAAUUUGGAGUGGCCAAAACGUUCCGAUCACUGGAUUGUGACAACUUUUGUGAAGUGCCAUGCAAAUUCGAAACAGUGAUAUACUACUACGCGUUGAUUAGCACGUCUUCAAAAUGAAUUACAUUUACAUAAUAAGACGCAAUAUGGCGUUAUCCAUGUCAGUUUUGUUUUGACAAUACUCGCCCGUUUUGAAUCCAAACAAAAAACAUUCAAUUAUAAAAUAAAGCAAUAGGAAUUACUUGUUUUAAAAAUGUUUUGCAAAAAUAAAUGUUAUAGUUUGUUGAAUAUAAUUAACAUAAGUAAUAUAAUAAUAGCUCAAUCUACAUAACUAAAAUGCUUGCAAUCUUGACUUAUUACUGUUAUUAGAAUGCCCAGAAAUGUAUUGAUUUGACGUGACUUCAUCUAAUUGCCGUGUCGUAACACUAUGCGUGUACAACAAACAAAUUGCAAGAACAUUCAUUUGCGUAUUAAUGUCAAACUCAGAGUCCAAAUUUAUGCAGUUUUGUCCUACAAAUGUUUUGUCUUCAAACAAAAACAGUCUGGUUGUUUUAGAUUAAAAUAAAGAGAACUUAAAUAUUCCAAAACGUGUGUACAAACACACAUCAAAACACAUUUGAUUUCCAGAAUACGCUCAUUAAAGCUCUCAUCCUUCAGAAAAAAUGUCACAAUUAAAAAAAUUAGAACACCUCUUUACAUGAGUGUGAAGUAGUAUUUUAUGCCGCUGGAACAUAAUAUGCGGUGGCUUAAUUAUGCAUACAAAUAGAGGCGCUUGCUUGCUCCUUAUUAAAAAUUAACACAGUUAACCAGUAAACUUGCCUAUACACGCAAUUUAAUAAACUACUUCAAUUCUUUUGGGAUAAUUGCGCGAUAUUAGAAGAGAUUAAUGCCUUGGAGUACACCUGGAUGCAUUUUUAAAGAGUGCUGAGUCUUACAACUUGGAAAUUGUGCAGUAUUUUAGCUUACUUUUGAUGCAGUGAGGGGUAAAUGUUGUAUACAACUCGCCAAGGUUGGCACCUGUUUGAGUGUAAUAAUAUUGGAGUAUGCUAAAGGUUUUUUAAAGAUAUUUGUUGGAUUUCAGCUCGUGCUAAUGGUUCAGUAUCCUUAUGCCUACAAGCCCACGUUUGUCAGAAAACAGUGCAGGGAAUGACCGCGUACGAAUCACGUUUAACGUUAGCGGGAAACGCUUUGAAACAUGGAGUGGCACGCUAAAACGUUUCCCCGAUACGUUGUUAGGAAGCGCGAUGAUGGAGCGGUUUCAUAACUCCGAAACUGGAGAAUAUAUUUUGAACAGAGAUCCGCUCAUAUUUAAAUACGUUCUAAACUUUUAUAGAACUGGAAAGCUCCACUGCUUUUGGGGAUAUUGCCACCACGAAUUUUUAGAAGAGUUGAAUUUUUAUGGCAUUCCAGUGGAACUUGUAAACAGUUGCUGCGAAGAUUUUCUAAGGCGAGAGAAAACAGAAGCACAGCUUAAAAGCUCUUCGGAAAUGGCUCAAUCUGCUGACAUUUUCUUGUCCAACUCUGGAGGAUCAAUGCGCGAGAGACUGUGGUAUUUGUUCGAAUAUCCACAACAUAGUUUUCUAGGGAGAAUAAUAUUGUAUGCAGUCGGGAUUUUUAUAUUAGCAAGUGUUGUCGGAACAGUGACUGAGACGGUCCCAUGCCCAGACAUAGCCUGUGGUUUGAAAUAUAAAUGGGAAUUUUUUUAUCUAGAAGGAAUUUGUGUUGGAGCAUUCACGCUCGAGUUUAUAGCAAGAUUGUGGGCAGCACCAUCCCGGAAGGCUUUCAUGAAAGAAAUUCUAAAUAUUAUCGAUUUAGUGGCAAUAAUUCCUUUCUAUUUAACGUUGUGUUUCUUAAUCGCGACGCAAGGUGCAGGAGGAGGGAGUCUCAAGUUGCUAGCGGCUCUUAAAGUUCUUCGCGUCGUACGAGUAUUCAAACUCGCUAGACACUCGCAGAAGUUACGAGAGUUAGGAAUGACUAUAAAGAAUGCGUCAUCAGACUUGGCUUUCUUAUCGUUCGCGUUAUUUAUGGCAGUCUUACUCUUCGCAAGUGUUAUUUAUUUUGCGGAAAAUGGGAAUAAACCGCCAACAUUUAGUAGUAUUGUCGACGCGAUGUGGUAUACCGGAGUUACGAUCAUAACACUCGGGUGAGUUACUUCUUUAAACUAAACUGAACUUUGUACUGAUUGGUUGAUUUUAUUAUCAUAAUGUUUUCCCACCAAUCAGAUCAGUUUGUUACGGGAAAAUUUUCCGCGGAAAGAAAAAUUUGUAAAAUGUGAUUGGCCGACACAAAUUUUCUGUCGGAAAAAAAUUUUGAAAUUGAAAAUUUUCAACUUUUAACAAUGAUAUUUUCGAAACAUUUUCUGUCCGUGGAAAAUUUUCGUGAGUGGAAAUGGGCCUUGAGGAUGUUUAAGUUUCAAAUUUUAGAUGCGCACCAAAUAGGCUAGCUACUCGCAUAUUUUGAAAGGCGUUGCGUAUAGGCUAAAGUAGACCAUAGUCAAUUGUGAUAUGGGUCUGGAAACUCGUGCAAGAUGAGGCAAUGUUUGGCAUGAUGAAACAGCCAUCUAAUAGCAUCGCUUCGCCUAGUCACUAACCGUACUGGUGAAAUAUUAAUAGGCGAACUUUCAAAAGCUUUGUGCACGGUGGAGCGGUCUCAACAUAAAAUCGGUUUCGGCUGACGGUGGGCAGAGUUCUAUAGUGGUUGAGACGCUUGAUUGUGAUGAUUACAUAAAUAUAUAACCGCAGUUGAUUACUAGAAGCAACUAACAAGUUAAAUGACAAAGUUAUAUUCCAGCUUUAAACAGUUAGCUACCAGGGGCCGGUUGUAUAAAACUCUUAAUCACUUUUUUAAUCGCUGUUUUGUAGUUAAAUAGUGAUUAACUCUCAAAUAGGCGCUUCUUAUUGGAUGAAAUUUCCACUAACUAUAGUUAACUUUAAUCACUUUUUUAUACAACCUGCCCCCAGUUAGCUAACUGCAUUUGGCGGUUGACAAACAUAACAUCAUAGUAAAGAAUUGUCAGUCAAAAUACAAUUAUCAAUGUUUUAAAAUUGACGCCAUCAAAUAAAACAAAGUUGAUGAUAUUUUCUAAUUUGUUUAUAAAACAUGUGAACAAAUUUAUAUUUACAUCUAUCCAUGUUCGUUCAUGCAUGUUGAAGUCGAAUUCAAAAAGAGUACUGGGGAAACCGUUUCUCAAUAUAGACUUGAGAUGAGAUCAUUUUAGGACUGUCAUCUUAGACAUUUUUGGACAAACAUCAGAUCAUUUUAGGACAGCCAUUUUUUAUCAUUUUAGGACAAACAUCAGAUCAUUUUAGGACAGUCGUUUUUGAUAAUUUUAGAACAAACAUCAAAUCAUUUUAGGGCAGUCAUUUUAGAUCAUUUUUGGACAAACAUCAGAUCAUUUUACUUUUAGACAGGGACGCCGGAACGAUGUGAAGGCAAGGGGGGCAGAUUUUCGUGAAAGGGCACUUUUGAAUUGAUAUAUACUAAGAGAUGUUUCCAAAACAUCGGGAGUUGAACUUCGCCUCAUCAUGUUUUCUAUUUAUUGGAUGAUAGGGUUGUGAGGGGGUUCUCCGCCAGGCGAUUGUGCUAUUCUUGAAGCUCGAUGACUGCAUUUCUUGCGUUUUCUGAAGCAAAUUCGUAAAAGAAUUGCACUAACAUUUCUGACAAUUCGCUAUUUCGCCAAGGCAAUCCUUUAAAUUGAAAGGGAACCUUUGCCCCCCUUGCCCCUCCUUGCCCCGGCUGCCGCUCCUGCCCCCCAGUUCCGGCGUCCCUGAUUUUAGAGCAGUCGUCUUAGGACAAACAUCAGAUCAUAUUAGGGCAGUCAUUUUAGAUCAUUUUAGAACAAAUAUCACAUCACUUUAGGGCAGUAACUUUUGAUCAUUUUUGGACAAACAUCAGAUCAUCUUAGAGCAGUUCCAAUUCAAUAACUCAUUCUUGAACUCAUUCAAAUGUUUCUGCAUUUUCUUCUCAGAUAUGGGGAUGUCGUCCCAAAAACGGUUUUCGGGAAGAUUUUGGGUAGUAUGUGUUGUGUAUUUGGACUUUUUGUCGUAUCCCUAGUUGUCCCGGUCAUACAAGAGAAAGAAAAGACGUAAAAAGGAAUGAAAGAUACGAUGCAGGCAUCGUUUGCAAUCAACAAAGGUCCACUACGCUGCAACCGUUGUUUUUGCAAGGCCCGGUUGUUCAAAGCUGAAUAAACGCUGACCCUCGGUUAAGAUUUAACCUGCUGUAUUAGUUUAUGUACUUGUUUAUUUCAUCUGUUUAUUUCAAAACUGUUUAUUUCAUCUGUUUAUUUCAAAACGCACAUCUGUUUAUUUCAAAACUUCAGGGAAGAAAACCUCUACUGAUCCGGACACGAUUUCUGAACUGAGAACUAUUUUCAGUUUUUUAAACAAAACCCAGGGUUAAGCUAAUCAGUUUUUGAACAACUGGUCUGGAGGGAAACCAAUUAUCACGAGCCGUUUUCGGAUCUUUGCAAGAACUUGUCCCCUCUACCUUAUAUGAUUAUGGCAUUCCUGGUGAAAUAUUUAACGGUGUUUCCUCAUAGGAAAUAAAAAAUAUAAUACGGUAGUUGUUUUGCGAGGGAAAAUUGAAGAACAUGGAGCAUUUCUAGCGCUGAUGAUGACUUAUAGCGCUGUAGUAAACAUGAAUAAAAGAGAAAGGCAGCACAGAGAAUCGCACCUCACUGGAAAAAAUUUUGAAAAUCCAUAGAAGGUCAUAGAAUGGAAAUUGUAUGGACCUUUAUUGGGAAUAGAAUGGAUUUUGCUUAUCCAUAAUAAUUGUAUAUUUCUAUAGUAUGGAUAUAGUAUCGAAAUAGGAUGGAUACACUAUGGAUUUAGUGGUGCAAUUGCAAAUUUCGUAGUAUGGAUUUCACUUUUUUUCCCAGUGCCUUGGAGAGAUUUUCUUCCGCUCUCGUUGGUUUUCCUUAUUUUAAAGUCAAUGAAAGCAUGGAUAUUAAAAACAUAACAUAUAACAUUCAAUUUGAUAGAUAUGUGCAUACUUUUAUUUAUAUUUUUCACGCAUUGUUGAAAAUAAAAUGAAUAUAUAAUUUUGUCAGAAAAUGAAAAUACAAUUUUCAAUUGAUCAUGUUUCAGCGUCUAAAGAUCUAUCCUGCAAAAUUCCAGCUUUUAAUUUAUGCGUGCAGGGGGUGAUGGGAAGUAAGGUAUCAUUUUGCUGAUUAUGCUGAAAAAUUUCAAUAAAAACUGUCGAAACAACCGAAAUAUUUCAAUCAUAGUCUUUCAAAACAUGGUUUGGAAACUCCGCUAAAGUCUUUGUUCUAUCUUUUUGUUCGCCUUUAUGCAGUUUUGUGCACGGUGCACGGUCAAUGAACACAUUGUAUUUCAGUAUAAUGAACGAAUCAUCCAAUAGCAACGUUUCAGUUUAGUCAUUCAACCAUGCUAUUUAAAUAUUAAUAAACCUAAUAAAACAAAGGAUGUGCACGGUGUAAGGUACGGCUCAACAUAAAAUCCCAGCUCAUUAUAACCGCUUUGAAGUUUACUGAGUUUCCAGACCAUGUCUCGAAAGACUAUGUAUAAGCUUAUUUACAAGUAUAAGCUACCACUCCGUGUUUACACGGCCGCCAUUUUUUUUCUUCAGCAUAAUCAGCAAUAUGAUACCUUUUUUCUCAUCCCCCCCUGCACGCAUAAACUAAAAGCUGGAAUUGCCUAUUGCACCUUGUCAUAGUUAUAUAUUAAUGUUAACUAUGACCUUGUCUAUAAAUAUUUUAAAUACGUAUUUCGUAAACUGGCUGAAAUUCAACGCCAUUGGUAAAUAAGCGAAUAGACGGCAGAUCAGGAAAACGAAUCAGGAAAGAGGUCAUAGCGUAGGACUAAGGGGAGUACGGGGGGUGCGUCUUUUCCACGUCCAUUUUCCUACUUGUGCAAGGAGUCAAACAUAGUUCACCCUCCGUCUAGAGUUGCUAUUUCCUAACACUUACGGGGGGUGCGUCUUUUCCACAUCCCCAUAUCUGCCAUAUUCCCUGUGAUUACAAUUCACGAUUUCGUCAUUUCCAUGCAUCAAUCUAUGAUACAGUCUAGGACUUCUCGGCACAGUACUGACUUGAAAUACUAGACGAUUCCGUGUCGGAUACAUCUGUUCAUGAUCGAUUCGUUGCCUUAGGUUGUUUAGCCAUGUUCAGUGUUCUCGCUUUUGCGCGUAAGGUGGUGACUAAGACAGGAUUAUAACGACAACAGAAAGAAGGACAGGAAUCUGUAGCUACUCUGAAGACUGUGUACAUAUGAUCUGGGGCAGCAAUUUCUGAAGAAACUUCAUUUUCAGAAGACACUGCUUUACUACCUAGUAGUUCUUUUGAUAUUGUGUUCGAAAAGAAAGAUUUGGUAUCAUUCGCUGUCACAGAUGAAGUCACUGUUGGAGGACCCACGGACCCUGUGCGUUGUUCAUAUUUAGCCGCCAGUUUUACCAAUUCUUUGGAUGAAAAAUUAUUCGAACCGCUCUCGCCCUGUAACGAGCAGACCGUAGACCAUUGUUCAUUGAAAUUCUGCCAGCUCUGCGGAUCAUUUCGUUCUGUUUUGCCUUUCAAAUUGUCUUGAAUUUCGUUCUUCACGUUUUUUUGUCCAUCAUCAGCUAAUGUGUAUACAGAUGUAAUACGAAUAGGAAGAUCUUCCGACAUAACGAAUAUUUCGCGAGAACUAUACCGUGAAUUCUUUACGCAGUUUUAACAAUAAAAGCCAAACAUUAUACUGUGACUGUUUAUGCGCAAUUUUUGAUAUUUGACGCAAGAAAUACACACAAAAGUGUAUCAGAUUACAUGAAAUUCGAGUACCAUUUUUCAGUUUCGGUUGUAUUUGUCAGAUUUGGUUACAAUUCUACACUAUAAACUUCACAAAUCACGGAGUAUUUUCAUGAAAUACAUAAAAACUCCGAACAAAGAGUGUCUUUACACUUCUACAAUGCCUCCGAGCCAUUUUGGGGGGAAUAUCAGAACGCAUAUUCAAUGACGCCACACAUCAUCUCAUAUUUCGUUUGUCAGCUCAUAGUCAGCUGUUGAGCGUGUGAUGCAACAUUUGAAACAUAAGAACAAACUUCUAUCUUCGAAACAUCGAAGUUUAUUGUUGCACCAUGCUGUCCAUGCACACAAAUCCGCCAAUUGUAUUCUUCAUUAGGCCAACGAAAAUUGAUACCAUGUUUCUCGUCCACAAUUUUCAAAAAUUUGGAGCGGGAUUUUUUCAUUUUUCAUUAUUGUUUGUAUUUGAAUUCUGCUUGUCAAUAAUUUCCUUGACCCAGACUACCCAGUAAAAAAACCCAUAAAAAUCUGAAGUAAAUCGGUGUAUAAAUCAUUUUAAUUGAAUACGUCCUACACUGCAGUAUAUUUCUACACAUACCAGGGCUGACAUGACAAAUAGAGGCAUUCUGGCGAGUAAUAUCUUUAGAAAGAUACAAUUUGAGUUGCGCUUGCGGAAUGCAGCAACAAGACUUUGAUCUGGAGAUCAAUUUGGUGUUUUAUUAAGCCGAUUUUUCAAAAAUAAUGAAUAAUGAAAAAGUUUCGUGCGGCAGAUAAAUCCCAUGCGGGUGGGGACGAGAAACAUGAUAUCAAUUUUCAUUGACCUUACGGUGAAUUCCUGUGAGAAGAAAUAUACAGGGUGUAUCAAAAAAAACUGAACAGAUUUAAAAUUGCUCUCAAUUUUGCAAAACAGCUAUUUGUAGCUGUUUUUUAUAUAUAUAGCUUCUUUGG